AUGGCUGAUAAAGAAGGAGAAAUUCAAGUGACAGAAAUUUCCAUAUGCCUGGAGGAACAAGGUGCAGGAGAUCCUGUGACAAAAAUUGGAAAAGAAGAAUUGUUUGGACUCAGUUGGUCUGUGUGGGAUCUCUUGCUGUCUGUGGCACUUGGCCAGGUACUCUCCCUCCUUAUCUGUGGCAUUGGUCUCACAAGCAAGUAUUUGUCAGAAGAUUUCCAUGCCAACACACCUGUUUUUCAGAGCUUCCUCAAUUAUAUCCUUCUAUUCUUGGUCUACACAACAACACUAGCCGUCAGACAAGGAGAAGAGAACUUGCUGGCAAUUUUGAAAAGGAGAUGGUGGAAGUACAUGAUCCUGGGGAUAAUAGAUAUAGAAGCCAAUUACCUGGUAGUCAAAGCUUAUCAAUACACCACUCUUACCAGUGUACAGCUUCUAGACUGCUUUGUCAUCCCAGUGGUGAUACUUCUCUCCUGGUUCUUCUUACUGGUACGAUACAAGGCAGUACAUUUCAUUGGGAUUGUGGUCUGCAUUCUGGGCAUGGGCUGCAUGGCAGGAGCAGAUGUCCUUGUUGGGAGACAGCAAGGAGCAGGUGAAAAUAAACUGAUAGGGGAUCUCUUAGUACUGGGCGGAGCAACACUAUACGGCAUCUCCAACGUCUGUGAGGAGUAUAUUGUCCGAAAUCUGAGUCGAGUGGAAUUCCUGGGUAUGAUCGGACUCUUUGGCUCCUUCUUCAGUGGAAUUCAGCUUGCAAUCAUGGAACACAAAGAGCUGUUGAAAGUUCCCUGGGAUUGGCAAAUAGGCUUGCUGUAUGUUGGCUUUAGCGCCUGUAUGUUUGGCCUCUACAGCUUCAUGCCAGUGGUCAUAAAGAAAACCAGUGCUACUGCCGUCAAUCUCUCCCUACUCACAGCUGACCUGUACAGCCUGUUCUGUGGAUUAUUCCUCUUCCACUACAAGUUUUCAGGACUUUACUUGUUGUCAUUCUUCACUAUCCUUGUUGGGCUGAUGCUCUACUCCUCCACGUCCACCUACGUAGCCCAGGAUCCUCGGGUGUACAAGCAGUUUCGAAACCCUUCAGGACCUGUUGUAGACCUGCCAGCCACUGGCCAGCUGGAGCCUUCGGUGACAUACACCAGCCUGGGGCAGGAGACAGAAGAGGAGCCUCACGUUAGAGUUGCUUAAACCCAGGGCUGUUGAUCACCUACUGACAGUGGAGCUCGUAUAUCCAUUAUCUCUGUAUUGUACAUAGAGAAAGGUAUUUACCAGGUGCAGUUACACUGGUGAGCUGCAAGGUAGCAAAUAAUGAAAGCUCAUAAAAACACAAAUUAAUUGUUACAGGGUGUUCAUUGCAAGGAGAUGCCAUCCCUCGUUUAUGAUAUGAGCAGCAUGUUUGCAAUACAAACUGCUGUGUAUGAAUCAGUUAAUGUCAGCCUACCUGUGAAAGAUAUUCAAUAUAUAAGAUUAAAUUACAAAAAGAAAUUCAUAGAAGGGUGUUUCUGCACCCACUGAGUGAUAUUAUGCCUAAGCCACACCAGUUGUGGAAAAAAACUCCUUUUUACAGCAAAUACACUUUGUGCAGUCACUGUUAAUUUCUCUCUAAGAUUUGUUUGUUUGCACAAAACAGAUGGCUUAGUCGUGAUAGCAGCAGCCUGACACAUUUUUGCUAGCACCUUGGAUUUGAUGAGGAAAAUACAAUGAGUUCAUCUGUGCUAUCUGUCUAGUUGCCCUUUCUAGGUAAUCUGUUCCAUGAAUCCAGAGAAGGGACAACUUAAAAUAUCCGUCUCUAUUCUAGGAAUAGGUAUAAGGCAAGCAUUUUAGCCUUUCUAUAUUUGCAGAAGUGAAGUACUCAAGCAUUGACCUCUCUAUGAUCCAUGGCAGAUUUCCUAGUGGUUGAGGUUCUGCAUCAGGUUAGUUAGAAACUAACAGGGAGUUAGUUUCUCUGCAGUCGUGACUUAACAAAGAUUUCUUACUUUUUAAAUUUUAAUCUGUAAAAAGAAAAACACAUUUUCUAGUUUCCUAUGUAUUGUACCUCUCCAUGGUAAGAUGACAUAUCGUGUGGAUCAGGGCACUUAUUUUAGAUACUCAGUGCAUUGAGGGCGCCUUCUGCUGUUCCAGUUUGCUUAGUCUCCUGUGGUUCAUUAUUCUAAUGACAGCUAUUUAGAAAUGUGUCAGUUUUUUACCAAAACCCACAAAUUGUAAAAAAUCAGGAAGAUUAAGUGAGAAAUUCAUGAGCAGAAAAACUGGACCAUCUGCUGGUGUUGCUGCAGUAGUGCCAAGGCAUUAAUACCAGCAGGGUGCAGCCACCUAUUUUUAUUAACUAUGAGAUGAGCAGAAGAAUUCAGCAGUUUUCUUACAUUCCUGGGGACAUAUGAAAACAGUAAGGGUGUGCUCCAUGCUUCUGUACACAACUGUACUUCUGCCUCAGGAGCCUUAUCAGAACUGGGGAAAUCUUAAUCAUCACCAUCAAAAAUCCAUCUUCGCCUGUGUGUUUGCUAUUCUGAGAGCCAAAUAAAAGAGAAUCAUUAUUUCAAUAUCCUUAAUCUAUUUUUAAUUUAAAAUUAAGGAAGAAGGGAUGAUCUUAUGUCUAACAGAUAGGUGAGGCAUCUAGGAGAGCUUGGUUUUAUUCACAGAUCUGCCACAUCUUUGCAUGAUCCUUGGGCAUGACUUACCUUCUGUGUGGCUGAGUUUCCCAGUCUGUAUAUACGGGAAUAAUGAUAUUUUACCUACCUCACAGGGGUGCUAUGGGACCAAGUUAUUUUAAAAUGCUUCAGGAUCUUCAGAAGGAAGGAGUUUAAGAAGAACAUAAUAGUGCUGUAAACGCAUGUAUACAUUCAUUGUAUUUGAGAAUGGAGUUUACAGCACAGUUGAUGAAUAUUUUGCUUGUGGGCAUAGAAGGUGAAUUUGAUUUGAAUGUUAUUCUGCUGGAAAAGACUGUCUCAAGUGAAAAUGUAGGCCUUCAUAUUUGAAAAAUACAGCUUACCUAUUUCUAUUUAAAAAAAGAAGAAAAAAAUCAAUCUGUACUCUGGAGAUUAGAAAGGUCACACAGUUCAACCAAGCAGGAUGAAUUUCUGCUGAGGUAACAUUCAUCUUUUAUAGACCUGUUCUGCUUUAAUAUAGAAGGAACUUCCCUGAAGCAGACUGGGAGAAGUGUAUAUAUGCAUAAUAUACAUGAAGUGGCAAAUGCCAAAAUGCUGUUGAACAGCAGAAGUAUGUUGUAUCUUACUCUUGCUGUGGAGAAGAAGAAGUGAUUUCUUUCCCGCUGUGUUUAGGCUGUCUGCCAUGAUCCUGAUGCACCUGAGGGAAGGUUCUGCAGUAUUGCCAAAUCAUGCCCAAAGCCAUCUCAAAAGCUUUGGUUAAGAUGGCUUGGUACUAAACUAACAAAUGUAUGAUUUUUUUUUUCCCUGCCUUCUGUUUAUUUAAUCUUUUUAGCACUCAUGUUUCCAAACUUUUUUUCUUAAACCAUUGAGGAUUAGAACAAAAAAAAUACCCAAACAACAAAACAGAACCAGAUCCCCACAGGAAAACAGAGUCCGUAUUCUGGGGAUAUUAAGGAAAGUCUAAAUUAAAAAAAAAAAAAUCACACAAGAGAGAUUACAUGAUACUUCAGGGUAAGAUCCUUGGGUCAAGCCCUGUGAGAGCUUUGACUUGAGGUGGAUUUCAUACAUUGCCCAGGAGCAGGGGCUCUGAUUAUAACCACCACAGCUCCUUCAGGUACCUGGAGGAGCACUGGUGGGAACCUGUCAUCUCAGUCUUUUUUGCUACCUUUUGUACCAAUUAAAUACCUUUCUCUGAACGUUAGUCCCUGUGUUGGUCUGAGAACCUUGAGGAUUGUGUGUAUGUGUGUUUCAUGUUUACAGUUCCUUCCUUUUGCAUAACUAUUUUGAUUAAUUUUGGUAUUAGUAUUUAUUUUUAAGCCAAAUGUUUGUAGUCCUUCGGCUUCCCCCUCCCCAUUUUUUUUACACUAACUUGUAGAUGUUUGUUAGAGUCUUUCUGAAACAGCUGGGCAGGAGGCAUCUCCCAGCCGAGUCACUGGGCUGGGAGUUUUUCUUUACAAGGGUUUGCAAUCCCCGGAUGGCUGAGAGGUGUCACCUGAAGCGAUUUUAGUAGGCUCUUUUAAAAGGCUCUGUUGUACAGGAAUAAGUCAGGAAUGUCUCAGUGUGACCAGUGACCAGUCACCAUCCCCUGUGCUACUUGCUCAGGAGUUUGAUGUGCAAAGCAGGGCUGCCUGUGUUUCCUGAUAAACAAGGCAGAUACUCAGAUUAGCACUGGUAUGUUAGUGCUGGAUGGACCUCAAAGGAAAACAGUAGUAUAGCUUUACAAGUAACUAUGUUGACUGAAAAACUGGGGUCUUGUGAAGGAAAACGUUACUUCUACCUGCUUGUUCUCUGCAGUGGGAGACCUCAGUACACACCAGCAAAGGCUCAGCUAUCUAACCGGCAGCUACUCUCCGUGUUGCGUAGGACGUCUCUAGCUCUGUGUAGCUCCUUGCCUGAACAAACUGAACCUCUGUUAUAGUGCUGGCUCUGGGCAGCCCUUAGUAAGACUGAUGUAAUUUUCUGCUACUGGAUGAAAACCUUCACUGGGAAACAGACCUUGUCUUUGUUCCAGCUAUAAAGUUUCAAAACACACAACAAUAGACCAAGCAAUUGAAAAUUUUGCACCACUGUGUCAUAAGAAGAAGUUUCAAUGUAUAGUGUAGAGAUUGCUAACUUGUGCUAUUAACAUUUUGACAAGCGUGUAGUAUCAUUUUCUUUCCUUUUUUUUAAACCAUUUAGUAUUCCUGAGCUAGCUACAAAUAAAAAUUUUACCCCAUGGGUAGGAUUUUAUUGUUAAAUGCCAUAAUAAAGCACACUAAUCUUGACACUGCAGAUGGAAGUAUGAACCAAAACCAAAACCAGGCAAACAAAAUCCCAACCCCAAAUCCUGCAUUGAAAAGCUGAACAAACCUUUCUCCAUUUUGAUAUUUGCAUGCACCUAUAUGGACUGGCUGUGGCAAUGUAAUGCCUGUAAUAAUGUUUUCAAAUAAAAAAAUAAAUGCUUUAUGAAAGCG